UACAGUCAAUCUGGCAGAAUGGUUUGCUUGGAAAGAUUAGUAAUCUUUUUCAUUGCCUACAUGUUUACUUGCACAAUGGAUUAACACGCUAAGCGUACAAAAUAUAUCAAGUCUAUGCUACAGUAAGUCAGGAUGCUGUAAAACUCGAAUGGCAGUUUUCAACGGAGAGCUUCAACUGACUAGAAUCUGAUUUGGACGGCCGCAAGUUCUGUUUGAUUCGUACACCAGUUCUUCUAAAUUGACGAAUUGAAGGAGAUUUUUCGACUGAACCUUUGAGCUUUGAAAUUGAAUAUUAAUCUGGCGUUUGAGUUUUGGAUGUAUGAUAGAUUUGCAGACUUCCACAUAGCAGUGCUACACAUUGCACAGAAUCACUAAUCACUAUGAAUGAUCGUGGACCAAUAACUCCUAAUCGAAGACGAAGCAAGGUGUUAUUGAUGGGGAAGAGUGGGUCGGGAAAGACCAGCAUGAGAUCCAUUAUCUUUGCUAACUACAUCGCUAGAGACACGCGCAGAUUAGGAGCAACCAUCGACGUCGAGCAUUCCCAUGUCAGAUUCCUUGGUAAUCUGGUCCUAAACCUUUGGGAUUGCGGUGGGCAAGAAGCUUUUAUGGAGAAUUACUUCACCAGUCAGCGAGACAACAUUUUCCGCAAUGUGGAAGUCCUGAUCUACGUAUUUGAUGUUGAGAGUCGAGAAUUGGAUAAAGACAUGCAUUACUAUCAAUCGUGUCUGGAGGCCAUCUUGCAGAACUCACCCGAGGCUAAGAUCUUCUGUCUCAUCCAUAAGAUGGACUUGGUGCAGGAGGAUGAGAGGGAUCUGAUCUUUCACGAGCGCGAGGAGGAUUUACGGCGUCUCUCUAAGCCAUUAUCAUGUACCUGUUUCCGGACCUCCAUCUGGGACGAGACUCUCUACAAGGCAUGGUCCUCUAUAGUCUACCUUCUCAUCCCCAAUGUACAUCAAUUAGAGACAAAUCUUAAGCAGUUUGCGGACAUCAUCGACGCAGACGAAGUCUUAUUAUUUGAAAGAGCAACGUUCUUGGUAAUCUCACACUGCCAGAGGAAGUCACAACGAGACGUUCAUCGUUUUGAGAAGAUUAGUAAUAUCAUCAAACAGUUUAAGCUUAGCUGCAGUAAACUUGCAGCUUCAUUUCAAAGUAUGGAAGUUAAGAACUCGGCAUUUGCAGCUUUCAUUGACGUCUUUACAUCAAAUACAUACGUCAUGGUCAUCAUGUCGGACCCUACAAUACCCUCUGCCACAACGUUGAUCAACAUCAAGAAUGCUAGAAAACACUUUGAGAAGCUGGAGAGAGUAACGGAUAGUCCCAUGGUCACCUAAGCUGACCUACCUCCGACUACGCGUUCUUAUAUCUCAUCCUAAAACUAAAUAGAAAGGUUAGCUUUGUUCCCAUUGGGGAACUCUGUACGCACAUGCCCAUUAGUGUCACUAUUUGAACAUACAGUUAGCGUUGGUUUGUUAACACUCAUUACAAAGUGGCUUAGCAGGAUAAUAUACUAAGCUAUUAAGCAGAUUUGUUGGUGGUUAACAUCUUUGCUGGAAUAAUUUAUUGGGAUCCCCCCUUGUGCUCAACCCCAUAUGGUGUCUCAACACCCAAACUGAUCUAUUCAGGUUCUUAAUUAACCCCACGUACAUGCCUUGAAUUUCAUCUUGGAAAGGGUAAGGCCAUUUUCAUUUUCCAUUUCCAAAGAGUACUUCGAUUGUAAAUGCUUGAAGUCUUUGAGAAACUUUUUAAGGGGGCACCAGGACCAUGGUAUCAAAGGCCAUGGCCUAUGUGUAAUUCCAGGUCUGCAAGCAGGCAUUAUUUGUGCCAUCAUUUCGCUUUGCGUCGACAUCAAUGGCCGAAUGAGGCCUUUGAUUUAUAAAUAAUAUGCCCGCCAUCCAGCAAGGUCAUGGACCUUGGUCCUCAAAAACAUAUCAAGUAAUGUUUCUAGGAAUCAAAAAGUACUUUUGAAAUCCUGAGCGUUUCUUGAAACUUUUUUUAAAGUAAGAUUUGUAUAAUAUGUUUGGGAGAUGAAUAAAAUAGUUAAAUAAUGUACAAAUCAAUUAAUUUAGUUCAUGUGUGGUUAUCAGUGAGUUUGCUACUUGGAAUUAUCUGGGAAACGCACUUGACAUGUAUUUAAACAUCCGUUUGGUUGAGGUUAUGCACCUACAUGUAGUCAUGUUGUUGGAAAGAAAGGUUGCUCUUAGCGUUGUACGAGGCCCGUUAGCAUGAACAUGCCCGGUUGCAUAUUGAUGGAACCGGCCACAAGCUGGCCAGGCACGCAUCAUGUGCACAGCUACACAUGUACAAGCUUAGGCUUGAUUGGCCUCACUAGAUUUUGCAUUAGUUGCCAAUAGAGGGCGCUAUAUCAACUGGCUUCGGGGGGGCUGGGCAAGUCUUAGAGGUUCAUUUUGAUACAGAUGUGUGUUCUCCAGGAAUUGUGUAUUAUGAUGUUGGCAGGAACGUUAACAAAACUAAUGUCACCAGUCAAGACUGGUACUAGCCCUGAUACAAAGACUGGCAUCUUACAUGACGCCAGUCUCUGUGGUACUGCACUGGCCCCGCCGCACUUGUUAUAAUGCUGUAACAUGUACAUUCAGGCCUUGAAAUUCCUUCUUGAAGGGGCACAGCAAUUUUUCUCUGGUUGGGGCACUUCUAUGUGGAAAAUUAAAAUUUGAAUGGGAACUUUGCAAAAGGCACCACAGCAAAUGCACAGUACACCAUGGCAAUUGCUAUUUGAGCUAUAGGUUAUUUUGAGGCAUGUAUAUUUGUACCGGUACAUUUACAUGUAAGUGUAGCCCAGUGAACUCCACCAUUGUAUACAGCAUAACUUUGUGCACGUACAUCAUGACAAAAACCUAAAUUCUUCUCCCAAUUCGAAAAUGAUCUUAGGAUUUGCAUUUUAUUUUAAUACUAAUUACUAUAUUUGUUUUCCUUCUCAUUCUUGCUUGUGUUUCACGAUAAAGGAAUAAGAAUUGUUAA